CACGCCCCACCAGCGUCGAGCGCGGUCUGGGUGGGCGAUCGGCGCAACGUCGCACCUCACCCAGGCCGUGGACACGCCCGCCAAAGACCCCGUCCGACCCUGACCGACCCAGACAGACCCGCCGGUAAUUCCAGACAGGCCCGCCGUCAACAGACCCGCCGCGCAGAGACACGCAGAGCCCCGUCCGCAACAGUCCACGCCAGUCCGCACACCCUCCGCAACAGGCAAUCGCCCGCCCGCCCUAUACCUCGCUGCGCCCGCCAUACCUGCGCCCGCCCUACACCUCCACCCACGCCGCCCCGACUCCCCCCCCGACUUCCUCCCCGCUGCUCGACACCUCCGCCCGGCAAGCCACAUGCCUCCCCGCCGCCGGUAGCCUCUGCACAGCUCGCACUGCACGCCCAUGCUGCAAUGGACAUCACCGACCGCGACCAUGGCUUCCAGGACGACCCGCCCGCCCCGCCGCGCCAGCUGCCCUCGGACCUGCCCACCUCGCUCAACGACCGCCGCCCGGUCAGCGCCUACAUGCCCGAAGAGACGGAGAUCUACGAUGCUUGGCAGGGCCAGUCGUUCCUGACCACGCCCAUGCCCGCCCGCCCGCUCAGCUUCAACCUGUCGCUCGACGACCCCAGCUUCGGCGACGAGGACAUGCAGCAGCUCGAGGACAGCGACAGCCGCCUGGUGCAGAUGCUCGCCCACCAGGCCCGUCUGAAGAACGACAAUGCCGGGGAUGAAGCCAAGGUCGUUGUGGAUGACAAGCUGUCGCACGAGGAGAAGAGGGAGGCACUCCAGGGGUUGUUUACACUGGCCACGUCCAACGGCGAGCUCGAGCGCGUCAAGCGCCUGCUGGAGGGCAAGGCCCGGGAGUACAUCAACAUCGACGGCGUCGACGCAGAAGGGACCCCGCCGCUGGUCUAUGCCAGCUGCUUUGGCCACGAAGACGUUGCGCGCAUUCUGAUCGACGAGGGCGCAAAGGUCGACAUUCAAGACAAGAACCGCUGGACGCCGCUCAUGUGGGCCAUGACCAACCGCCACAAGGAGAUUGUGAAGCUGCUGCUGGACCACGGAGCCUCGACCGACGUCAAGUCGUCUGGCGGCAGAACCGCCUUUGACUUUGUCGAGCCCAACAGUGAAAUCUCCGACUACCUGCACGAGAGCGGCUACGCCAUUGGCAACGCAGGCGUGGACGACUUUUACAAUUCAGGCUUGGAGAACGACCGAUUCGAGCAGGAAAUGCAGGAGAACGACAUGAAGCGCCGCAUGAUGAUGGAGAGCGCGUUCAACCUGGAAGUCGAUAUUGGCAACCUCGGGCUCGACGAGCAACCGGAGUCUCCCGAAGAGCCCGACGAAGGCCAGGAGUUCAUCUGGGACCGGUGUCUCAACGACCAGAUGUUCGUCUUCCAAGAAAGCGAGCUCGAGCGCAUCCUGGACAUAAUCAUCACAACCAUGACACCGCAGCGAUCGCCGUCGCAGAAGCCGGUUCCUGCGAACGUGCUCUUCCUGGCCGCCCGCUACGCCCACUACCACGCCAGCCCAGAUCUACUCGAAACUCUGCUUGUAUCGGCCAUGGGCAAGAUCAACGAGGUUGUAGAGAAAUACCAAUGGGAUAUGACAGUGUUGGCAUUUUGGAUGUCCAACGCCACACUACUGCUACACUACAUGAAGAAAGACGCCGGGCUGGCCAUGGCCGCGACAGAAUUCCAGCUGCAGAUGGCAGAGCUCAUCAACGAGAUCUUUAUCUUGAUCAUCCGGGAUGCGGAGCGGAGAAUGGACAAGAACCUGGACUCGUCCAUGCUCGAGCACGAACCCAUGCCGGGGUUUGAGGAUGUGCAGUUCCAACACGAGUGGAAGAUCUUCCGCUCCAAACCAAAAGCGAAACCACUCGAACCUCUUGAGAAGCGGUUCCGGCCUCCAUCACCGAAGGCUAGAGCGAAACCCUCGCCUCGCAACAUCGCCUCCCUGCUUUCCUCCACCCUCUUCGUCCUGGAUCUCUACGAUGUCCACUCAGUCAUCACUGCUCAAGUGCUGUCGCAGCUGAUCUACUGGCUCACCGCAGAGAUGUUCAACCGCAUCAUGUCCAACCGGAAAUACCUGGCGCGAACAAAAGCCAUGCAGAUUCGCAUGAACGUGUCGACGCUGGAAGACUGGGCGCGCUCCAACAACCGGCAGCCCGAACACUACGAGAACGGCUCCAUGACCUCAACCGGCGACAACACCGUCGACUCUACCAGAAAACACAUCGAGCCGCUGAUCCAGCUGCUGCAGUGGCUGCAGUGCUUCACGUCGAUUGGCGAAGAUCUGGAGUCGCUCAUCGGCACAUUGCAGCAGCUGACAAAACUAUCACCCUCACAACUCCUGCACACCGCGAAAUACUACCGCCCGGAAGUCGGCGAAAAGGGCCUGCCCAAAAGCGCCUCGAAAUACAUCGUGCACCUGCAACAAGCCGCCGCCGAGCGCAAAACACGCGCGCGCUCCCCCAACCCUCCGCAAAAACCCUUCGAAGAGCCCACCACCCCCAUCGCCCAGACCUCAGGCAUGCAGCUCGCGCCCACGCCCUCGCCGGCGCCCUCGCGCGUCUCGGGCGAGCUGGUGCGCGAAGAAGACGACGCGCCCAGCGAACUCCUCCUCGACCCUUCCUACAUGCUGCCCUUCACGCUGCCCACCUCGACCGACAUGCUGAUCAGCUACGGUGCGGGCUUUGGCGGCGUGAAUCGCGAGCGCGAGCGCAAGUAUAUUCCCACCGUGCCGCCGGAGAUUAUGGCGAAGUUGGAGUUUAGCGGGGGGAGUAAGAAUGGGGGGUAUUAUGAGGAGCAGUGGAAUGAUGGCGGGUUUGGGUGAUCUUGAUAUGCCGGGUACAAACUCGAGUAUGCUGGGACAACCUCGAGUAUUGCCCGUGCGUGAGUGCGGUGGAGUGGAAGCGCAGAGGGCGAAAAGUCGCAUUGGAUAGGUUACUGCAUCAGCGUUUGGAUCCGAGGCGUAUAGCAUAUAGCAUGUAUAGACACACCCGCGCACAGCACCA